AUGGGCCAUUUCUGUUCAGCUUGGAUGAUCCUUUCACGUGCAUUUGUGGAAUACUGCAUAUGGGGAUGGGAUAAUCUCCCUAGGAACUUACUUCUAUAUUAUUCAAAUUUUGUUUCCUCUCCAGAAGGCUACUUUCAGACAAUUGUAUGCAAUGCACCAGAAUUCUCUUCAACUGUUAUUAACCAUGACUUGCACUAUAUUUCUUGGGAUGUUCCACCAAAACAACAUCCACAUACUCUUUCCCUAAAUGACACUGCAAAAAUGAUUGCAAGUGGCGCGGCGUUUGCGCGUAAGUUCAAGAAAGAUGAUCCUGUUUUAGACAAGAUUGAUAUGGAAUUACUUAACAGGAGUAAUGGUAGUUUCACAUUUGGUGGUUGGUGUGCUGGAAAUCCUCCUUGUUCUAAAUUUGGAAAUCCAACAAAACUUAGACCAGGUCCAGGGGUUAAAAGGCUUAGGAGACUUAUUGGUAGACUAGUUUUGUCGGCUAAAUUUAGUCAAAACCAGUGUAAUUAG